AUGGCGCCCAGGUCGAUGAUACCCCUGCUGGUCACCAUGAUGUUGGUGACGGGGGUCUGCAAUACUCUCCUUACAAAGUUUCAGGACAUGCAGUGUGUCAGGAACUGUGAUGAUCCAGAUCCUAAAAGGCGGGUUGUCUUUGAGCAACCUGUCCUCCAGACGCUACAAAUGUUCAUUGGAGAGAUGGGGUGUUGGCUUGUUUUGUUUGGGAUGAACAUGUGGAAUCGAUAUGUUAGCCCACGAUUGGGAAGCUCUUCAGCCCCGCUGUUCGCCGGAGGAUAUGAGCCCGUUGGAGGCGAAUCGAGCGAACCUCCAUCCUACAGUGACGCUGAUGGCACCUUACCUUCCCGCGCGGACACUGCAAAGUCAAUCGAUUUCAAUGAUUCCCGCAUUAAACUAAGAGGCACCAAAAUCUUAUUGCUUGCUGCGCCUGCAUGUUGCGACAUUUCUGGCACCACUCUUAUGAAUGUGGGUUUACUUUUUGUGGUGGCAAGCAUUUAUCAAAUGACGCGAGGAGCGCUUGUUCUAUUUGUCGGUCUGUUCAGCGUGUUAUUCCUUCGCCGGAGACUUUAUAUGUAUCAAUGGAUGGCUCUGGUAUGUGUUGUCUUCGGAGUUGGCCUCGUAGGCCUCGCAGGUGCAAUUUUCAACGAUCACCACGAACCUAUAGAGGCGUCUCCUAAGGACGUUAUCCAACUUAUAUCCCGCGCCGCUCAAGAGGUGCACGCGACAGCUAAAUCCCCAGAAGCUGUAAAAGUGAUUGUUGGAGUUCUGCUAAUUGCAGGAGCUCAAAUAUUUACUGCCACGCAGUUUGUUUUGGAAGAAUGGAUUCUUGAAAGAUAUGCCAUGGAUCCUUUGAAGGUUGUCGGUUGGGAAGGCAUUUUCGGAACUAUUUUGACCUUUGUGGGAAUGGUGUUGCUUCAUCUCACUAUUGGUCGAACAGAGCAUGGCAGAUAUGGAUAUUUUGACGCCGCUGAGGGCUGGAGAAACAUGACAACCAACAGAACGGUUGCGCUCUCCAGCUUCUUGAUUAUGAUCAGUAUUGGUGGUUUUAACUAUUUCGGCCUCAGCGUUACUCGGACCGUAUCAGCAACAUCACGCAGUACAAUCGACACAUCCCGCACACUUUUCAUCUGGCUUGUGUCACUUGGGCUAGGGUGGGAGUCGUUCAAAUGGCUACAAGUUGUAGGCUUCAUGAUGCUUGUAUACGGCACAUUCUUAUUCAACGAUAUUAUCAAUCCACCGUUGAAAGCUUGUCUCCCUAAAAGAAUGCCCGAUGAAGCCGCGGAAAGCUUACUUCCUGAAGAACCAAUUGAGCAUAUGUAA